AUGCUACCGAUUUUCAGAUUCCAACUUUGGAAGGUUGCUAAAACUGCCGCCAACAGAGCCAACUCGAAGGAUGAUGGAUCGUCGACUUCUCCAACUCCAACUGCCUUCUUCUCGCGCCAGAGGCACAAUGCCCACCCUCUUCCUAUCGACAAGGUCCCCUCCAAUACAUUCGUGAAUGCACAGUCGAAUACACUGAAGCAGAAGAUGGACCAGCCGCUGCCGAGGCCGGCUUCUGCUGCCUACUUGCAAUCGCCUCUCAUGGACGUGGCUCCAGAGACUGUCCCGGAAUUGGAGCCCGUCUUCAAUUACCUGAGUGGCCAGGCAAACAAGCUCUACCAGGAAGGCUACUUGUUAAAACUAAAUGAUUUAGAUAUCAAUGGUCGAUCAUUUCAAGACAGACAAUGGGUGGAUUGCUUUGCUCAGUUGAUUGGUACUGUCCUUUCAUUAUGGGACUCAGCUGCGCUGGACGCAGCAGGUCCAGAAGGAGACGCUUCACCAACAUUCAUUAACCUAGCUGAUGCAUCAAUCAAGAUGAUUGAAAGUCUGCCCACUCGAAAUGAAGGAAGCAAAUCCCUCCAAAAUAUUCUCAGCGUAUCAACGGCGGGAAAGAACCGAUACCUCCUCCAUUUCUCUUCAGUACAUUCAUUAACCCAGUGGACAGCCGCCAUCCGAAUCUCUAUGUUUGAAAAUACCCUGCUGCAGGAGUCCUACACGGGUGCGCUUAUUGCGGGGAAAGGGAAGGCCCUGGUUGGCAUAAGGGGUAUCCUGGAAAAGACAUGGUUCGUCUACGAAGACUGGGCCCGUGUUAGAUUCGGCCCGGGAACUCCUUGGAAGCGAUGCUGGUGUGUCAUCUCACCACCUGAUGAAAAGGAGUUUCAGCGAAUGAAAAAGGAACAGAGAAAGAAGUCAGUCUACGACCGAACUAUCCCCUUAUUAAAGGGUAAUAUCAAGUUCUAUGAGACCAAGAAGACGAAAAGGGUCAAGCCGAUCGCUACAAUCACCGAUGCAUAUUCCGCUUUUGCCAUUUAUCCCCAGUCCCGACCUCUAAUCGACCAGUCCACGCUGGUGAAGGUGGAAGGCCGAAUAACGAUACACUCUAAACCAGAAUCAACUGCGGAUGGAUUUAUUUUUGUCUUACCAGAGAUUCAUCCUGGAGUCUCUGGCUUUGAGAUGAUGCUUCGGUGGCUGUUCCCAGUGUAUGAUACAUUUGGGCUCUAUGGUCGACCAGCGCGACUUAUCGCGGAUACUCAGAAUACCCGUAGCCUGAUGUUUGCGCUUCCAAAGCACCAACAAUCUGGAUAUCUUGAUAUUCUUGAUGUGACAGCGCUUAUACAUACCGAAGGAAGCAAUAAUUGGAGUGAACGGGAAUGGCGGAAGGCGAUGAAGGAAGCUACAGCUAGACGAAUGGCCACGAGCAGCAACAGUCGAGAGAGCAGCGUCGCGGGAAGUAAGCGCUACAAUCGAAGCAGUCUCCCUUCUGGAACUGGCACGUCGUUGAGGUUCGCGAGCGGUAUUUCAAACCCUCCAACCGGCAAGGCGGAGUUUAACCACUCCAGUGAUGCGGUGAAUUCAAUGAUUUCCAAACCUGGCCAUGGUGCUGCUGGAACAAUGUCAGAUCGCAGUCAAGCAACCCCGCCUUCCAUUUCAUCUCUCGAAAAGAGCUUGCCUGAAGAGGAUGAAUAUGCACCACAGCCGCCAGCGCACCAGACCUCCCAGAACAAUGGAGUAUAUGGAACGAAUGGGCAAGAGCAGAGGAACAGUUCGACAAGCGAUAUCCAAGAGCACCAGACAUUGGAACAUCAGGCUAUUGCUAGUGGUUAUCAGCAAAACCCGCCUCCCGCACCCGUAUCAAUGCCCCCAGCUUUCUUGCAUGACCCGCGAAGUUUGCCGCCCGUCAAGCCCCAACCAUCUCCAGACAUUCAAAAGGCAGGAAGCCGUGUGUCACAAGGGACUCUGUUCCAGAUGGUGGAUAUAAACAUGGCGAAGAACAUGGCCACCGCCGGCGCCGCGGCAGCUUGGGAUGACAAGAACUCGGCUCCACAGUCGAAAGAUCAAGGUCAGAAUGGGGUAGUGGUGAAUCAUGGUGACCACGAGCAGAGUUCCACUAACAUGAAUUUUUCAUCCCAAAGCCCAAUAAUAUCACCUGACAACACCGCAAGACUGCAUUAUUCUCAGAUUGCCCAGACCCCUAGAAUAAAAGAUCCCACCCCAUCCCAAGAUUCCUCGCGUCCCAAUUCCUUUGACAAACGGAGCUCUAGAGCAAGCUCCCUUUCUCUCGAUACCCACAAGGUAACAACCCGAAAACUAGUUGCUGCCCGCCAGACAUAUGAAAUCCCGUACUCUAGCAAGGCCUCGAGCCUUGAAAGCUUCCGUAACACAAUUGAUGCUGAGGCUUUGGAUCGAGUCGUGGCUCGAAGGCGGUCUCCGUCCCCGCCCACCGAUAUUAUUUCCAACGAUGAAGAAAGCGUAUACGACCAAAACUCUGUAUCUAGCCCUGACUAUGCUAGCUCUCACAGAUCCUCAACCUCACAGCGGUCGGAAAAGUCCAUACCAAAGCCAAGAAUGGGAGUUUUGAAGGUGAUUGGAAAGGAUGAUUCCGAAGUCGCGAUUGGUGAUGUGCGCUACUACCAUGCCGAUGCCCUGGCCUCCCAGAAAAACAAUCCUGAUAUACCCCUUGUGGACUUUGGACCCACCCAAGCGUAUGUGCCAACUUCCAGGCGGCCUACAUCAGCAGAUACGCUGGCCCUUUUAACCCAUAAGCGCAUUCCUUCCGAUAAUGUGGUUAGCCGCGACCGGGAUGAAAGACGACCCUCCCCUGGAAACGGGAAAACGAGUCACAGCGGUACUAGCAGCGACUCUCACCUCCCCAAUACCACUUCCACCGAUGACCAUCGUCGGACUGCAAUCUGGCAACCGGGGAUGGUAAGGGAACGAGCCAGCGCUGGUGCUUGCAUUACACCGAAACAGUUUGUGAAACAGAAAUUAGAGGCUAAUCGAGGCGGCCUUCAUGUGCGUGUCUCAUCGGGUUCUAGUCAGCCUCCCCGUCCCGCAUCUGGCGAUUGGACCAACUACCACCGAAAACAGUCAACGAUGAUACAAGAUAUGCCUGUGCGGCCUCACUCACGUGGCGCCAGCGUCAUGCUGGGCGCGUCGGGGCCCGGAGUCUCGCCGCCGGCCAGACCAGCGUCUGGAGACUGGGCCAAUACAACACGCCAACAACUAAUGAUGACUCGAGAUGCGCCUCGUCCCCACUCACGUGGCGCCAAUGCAGUACUCGGAUCGAAGGACAUUUCCUCACAUCUUUCCGCGCGGGAGCAAGAACAUCUCGCCCGCAUGACAGGGUCUUCCUUCUUCAACUUCAGCAGCCAAAAUCAGAGCGCGGCUCCAGUUCACGGAACGAGCCUGGUAAGUGCCAUUGAUGCUCGGGAAAGGGAGAAGAAGGCCAUUAAGGAAGGGGUUCGCGGGCAUACGGUGCAGCAAGCUAUUGCACAACGACAGUAUCACCAAGCGCAAGCGCAAUUCCGAACCCCUUCGCCGGCAAUACCGUCGCAGUAUGGCACUGCCUCAUACUUUCCGCCACAAAUGUAUCACCAGCAUGCCAGUUCGGGUAGUUCUGUCAGCAGUUAUGGUUAUGGUUACCCACAACAGCAGCAACAGCAACAAUUACCGGGAUCGUGGCCGCUUGACCAAUACCCGCAACAGCAGCAGCAGCAACACCAACACCAACACCAACGACAGCAAUCCUGGUCAAGUGCUCAACAACUUUUCUCCUUCACACAACAACAGCAUCCUCAACAUCCGCCAACUCCGCAACAUCGGCAGCAGCCGACUAGAACACCACCUCCAGGCUGUCAUCCGAAUCUUUACUAUCAACCACCCCCACAGCCAUCCCCUCACAACGUGGGCUUUGGAACGCAAAACCAUUAA